CCCCCCCCCAAAUUCCCCACCCCAAUCCCAGAAAUCCUCUCUCAAAUCUUCAACCAUUUCCACCAUGGAGGCUCAAGACGGUGCGGUCACCAUCUACAACAGCGGCGCAGUCGCCGACCCCAAGAUAAAGAACCCCUACAGCCUCAAGGUCGGCCUCGCCCAGAUGCUCCGCGGCGGCGCCAUCGUCGAGGUCACCAACCCCGAUCAAGCCAAGGUCGCCGAGGAGGCCGGCGCCUGCUCCGUAGUCGUCUCCGACCCGCCCCACUCCUCCCGAGGCGGCAUUCUCCGCAUGUCCGAUCCCUCCCUCGUCAAGGACGUCAAACGCGCCGUUUCGAUCCCCGUCAUGGCCAGAUCCCGGGUCGGCCAUUUCGUCGAGGCCCAGAUCCUCGAAGCCAUCGGCGUGGACUACGUCGACGAGAGCGAGUACCUCGCCUUCGCCGACGAGGAUCAUUACGUCAACAAGCACAAUUUCCGGUGCCCCUUCGUCUGCGGCGCCCAGACACUCGGCGACGCCUUGAGGAGAAUCAGAGAAGGGGCCGCGGUUAUUCGGACCCAAGGGGAUCUAUCCGGGUCGGGCAAUGUGGCCCAGACGGUUCGGAACGUCCGGUCUAUUAUGGGGCAGAUAAGGAUGCUUAACAACAUGGACGACGACGAAGUCUUCAAGUUUUCCAAGAGCAUUGCAGCGCCCUACGACCUCGUCGCGCAGACCAAGCAAAUGGGCCGGCUGCCGGUGGUCCAAUUCGCCUCCGGAGGCAUUGUGACGCCGGCUGACGUGGGGCUGAUGAUGCAACUAGGCUGUGAUGGAGUGUUUAUUGGGUCGGAUGUUUUCGGGUCACCGGAUCCGUAUAAGCGCGUGAGGGGCAUUGCUGAUGCUGUGAGGAACUAUAAUGACCCGGAUGUGCUUGUGGAGACGAGCUCCGGGUUGGCCGGUCUGAUGGCGGGUAUGAGUCUCGGUGAGGACAGAAUCGAAGGGUUUGUGCGCGGAGGUGUUUGAUGAUGAUGGUGGUGUUAGGAAUGUCAAUCAUGUAAUGUAGCUCUUUCUUUGCUUGUGGUUAACUUGUUAAAAGCAUAAUGGGCGUGUUGUGUUUUAAUUUGUAGAGUGGUAUAGAGGGUAUACUAGUGUCUUCGUCUAAUGUGCAAUUUGUUCGCUUAAACUUGUAGUGUACCAAGUUUUGAUAAAACUACUGAUAUGAAUGAGAAUAAUACUGUCGUUUAUGUUUUA